AUGCCAUCCCUCUCCUCCCUGGUCACGACAGCCGUCGCCGUGUCCUCCCUCUGCGCCCCAGCCGUCGCCGCCAGCAAGCCAUGCCCGCCUCUGGGUGCCGUUCUCCCCGCGCCCAAGACACUGAGCAAGCAUGAUGCCGUCAAGAAGGCUACCGCAGGCUUGACCGAGGCCUUUGACGAGCUCGCGGGCGCCAAGCUCAGCGCCUCCGCCGUCUCCAUCGGCGUCAAGUCUCUCCACGAAAGCAAGCCACUGUUCGAGUACCACUUCACGCCGCCCGUGAUUGGAGACUAUGGAACCGACACGAUCGACGCGGAUACCAUAUACCGCGUGGGUAGCAUCUCCAAGAUGAUGCCCGCCCUGGCCGCCUUGCAGAGCAGCAAGAUUGAUAUGGACGAGUCCGUCCUCAAAUACGUCCCCGAGCUGAAGAAUGCCACGGGUGAGGGGCUCGCCACCACACAGUGGGAGGACAUCUCCGUGCGCUCGUUGGCGAGCCACCUCGCCGGCCUGGCGACUGACUUGGCCCUGGAUCUCGCCGCCUUCCCCAACCCGGCCUGGCAGCAGCUGGGUUUGCCCAGUGUCGUCAACGGCACUGGCCCGACCUGCUCUGGCCUCAUGGGCACCAGACCGUGCACCGCGGAGGACCUGAUCAAGGGCCUAGCCCGCAGCCAUCCUAUCUCUGAGCCCUACGCCAGCUCCCCGUCAUACUCCAACGUUGGUUUCGCCGUGCUGGGCAUGGUCGUCGAGGCGGCCACGGGGCAGAGCUUCAAUGACUAUGUCCAGGACAACAUCUUUGACGUGGCCGGCAUGGACAGGACCUCGUUUGACGGGUUUAUCCCCGACCUAGAGGACGACGUCUUUGUGCCCCCCAGCGAUCCGACAUGGAACCGCACCCUUGGCGUUUUUGAGGCUGCCGGUGGCAUGUUCUCGAGCACCAACGAUCUGCUCGCCUUUGCCGAGGCCAUCCAGAACCACGAGCUGCUCUCCGCCAUCAAGACACGCCAGUGGAUGAAACCAGAGACGCACACGUCCUCGCUUGGUACCUCGGUCGGCGGGCCCUGGGAGAUUCUGCGCAGCGAUAACAUAACAGCCGACGGCCGCCUCAUUGACGUCUAUACAAAGUCUGGUGACUUGGGCUUUUACCACGCCCUCAUGGGCAUCGUCCCGGACUACGAUCUCUCCGUCGUCGUCAUCGCGGCUGGCCCAGAGGUCUCCGCCGACCCCUACACCCGCUCCAAGGUCUUCUCCCUCGUCCUCCAGGGUCUCCUCCCCGCCGCGGAGGCCGCUGGCAUCGACGAGGCCGACAGGUUCCACGGCACCUACCGCGAUGAGAACAACAACGCGACCCUCGUCGUCACCGCCGACGACGGGCCUGGUCUCCUGAUCGAAGAGUUUUACGUCCGCGGCUUCGACGUCAAGAACAACAUUGGCCUGUACUCCCUUGGCGCCAACGACGGCGGCUCGUCCAGCGAGGAAGCGCCGUCUGUCGUAGGCCGACUCUACCCUACCACACGCACAACGUCAAGUCACGACGGCAACGAGACGGCCUGGCGCGGCGCCUUUGACGCCCAGACAGACGAGGUCAAGCAGGCGCUGGCGGACUCGCUCUUCUGGAUCGACGGGCAGUGCCAGGAGUGGUUCGGUGCGGACCGCGCCAUGUACAAUUAUCUGGGCCUCUCUGACUUUGCCAUGGUUGAGGAUGCCGAGGGUGAGGUGCUGGCCAUCAAGAACGCGGCCUUCAACGUGACGAUGACAAAGGUGAGUGGCGAGGGGGGAAAACUGAUGGACGAUGCCAGUGUUUUACUGUACCAAUCAAUAACUACUCAACAAACCUGCUGA